AUGCAUGCUGGAAGCUCAGUCAUGUCCAGUUAUAAUCGAAGGGCACAGUAUAUGGAAAAUAGUGGAUCUGAAGGGCUCGAAGAACAUGUGAGCAAGCCAUAUGAUGGCACAUGCUUCUGCCGUCUUCAGGUGGUGGCGUUGAAGUCGAAGACGAGGAAAAACCCAGGUAGAUGGUUCUUCAGGUGUCCUCUGUGGAAGACGAAGAACAGUGGGUGCUGUUAUUUUCAAUGGAUGGACGAAACGGGUGAGGAAUCUGCUGGGGUGGAGGAAUGCUGUAAGAAUGGCACAGUAGGAUGCAAUGCAUGUGGAGUAUUGGAAGGGAGGUUUACCAGUGUUGAGAGUGAGACGACACAGAGAGAUCGAAAGAUGUUGAUAGAGCAGACGAAGAGAGUUGAAUUGCUUCUGUGUUUCGUACUGGGUGGACUUGUACUGAGUUUGAGUUUGAGUUUGAUGUGUUUGGUUAGAUAG